AGCAAAAUUCUGGAUCGGUGAGCUACGAAGCCUGGGAAUUCUCGUGACAACUUCGCUCUUCUCUGAUCUCGAAUUCUUACCAAAUCCUGUCCUCUUUCUUCGAUUUGAUUUCCCUAUUUUAUGGCGGGAUAAGUAAAAACCCCCUACGUUUCUUCUGUAAAUCCACUCGUCUAAACCAAUCUAGGGUUUCGCGAGAUCCAUUGUACCUUUCGAAGAUUCUUCAAAGUUCGUCUCUGAGCUUUAUUUGUGUGAUCGUGAGAUGUCCCGUUGUUACCCGUUUCCACCACCUGGGUAUGUACGGGAUGAGUCUCUGAUCGAAUCGAUCAAGGGGGCAAAGGAGGAAGUUAAGAGAGAAAAAAAAGAUAGAAAACACAAGAAGGAGAAAAAGAGGAAGGAGAGGGAAAACGAGGCGGAUCGAAGCAAAAAGCACCGUCACAAGAAACGGCGCAAAGAUGAAAAAACCACCGCCAUUGCUAGUAGUAAGAAGGUUGAUGAUGAUGAUGGUCACCGCGGAUUAAUGAACAGCGAGGUUGCAUCCUUGGAGAAGAGCUGUCUUACAGUGGACCUUGAGCUUCAAACGUCGUCUCAGAAUUCUUGUGAUAGCACUCUUCAUAGCAAUGAGAGACCGGACAAGAGUCAGACACAGAGUCAGCCUCCCCUUGAUGGUAGGCAUAACGACUCUGGUGAGUUUGUUUGUGUUUACUUGUUGUUGGGUCUGUUUGCUUCAUGUGCGCACAUGAUGGUGACAUUUCUUUCUUCAAAUUGUUGCCAUGGAUUUGAAGAAUCUGGCAUACGUGUCUGGUUACCUGGAAAAGAGCAGAAAGAUCCUGAGGCUGAGGUGAUGAUGAUGACCAACGAGGAUCAAAAACAGCUCCCUUCUUCUCUAAGUGAAGCUCCACGAGAGAAAAGAAAAGAUCCAACGAAACUGAGCAAAGAGGAGAAAACAGGUCCCCUGAAAGAUAACAGAAGAGUCAGUACGCUACUCGUUAGAGAGAAACCAUCCUCUAGUCACCAAGAGACCAAUGGACCUUCGAAGCUAUGCAGAAAAUGUUCUCCUUCCACGGCCUCGCGGUUCUUGAAUCUCAUCGAGAACUGGGCUCCUGAUCGUGUUGAGAGCAAGCUCACUGACUCUGAAGAUCAAGAAUGGUGGUUGGUCAUGAAGUUUGGCGCCAAAAGACAUCAUCCAGUUAGCAAUCAGACAACCAGCAAUGGAAGUGGUUCGAUGGUGUGGCCAACUGCUCGAUUUCUUCCAGAAGUCGAAGUACAUGCAUUGCCAUUCACUGUCCCGUUCUGAUUUCCUCAAAGCUUUUGGCUCAGAGAGUUGUUGACACGACCAACAAAUUGUUUUCCUAUGUAUUUUUGUUUAGAUAGCCUUAAAACUCGGAAAUAUAUGUGUGAUUCUUUGUAGAUGCACUGUUAUAUAUGUAGUAAAUCAAUAUCAAUUUUACAUCA